CGGCCUUCGGAAUGUUCUCGGCGGGUACCAUAGAGGCGGCGUUCCUCCAGCCCGCCUAGAGGGGCUGGCCAGCGAGCGGGCGGCGGCGGCCAUUUUCACGUGAUGCUGGGAGUGCCAUAGUGGAGCCACUGAAGCCUUCACCGCAGCCCGCCUUGCCAUGGCCACCCACGGCCCGGAGCAGGGCGAGUGGAUGAAGUGUGUUAAGGGAGACCUGUUUUCCUGCCCCCCGACGGACGCGUUGGCUCAUUGCAUCAGUGAGGACUGUCGCAUGGGUGCAGGGAUAGCUGUUCUUUUUAAGAAAAAGUUUGGAGGCGUCGAAGAACUGUUAGGGCAACAAAAGAAGACUGGGGAGGUGGCAGUUCUCCAACGAGAUGACCGGUAUAUUUACUACCUGAUUACGAAGAAGAAAGUUUCUCACAAACCAACAUACGAGGACAUGCGGAAGAGUUUAGAAGCCAUGAAAACUCACUGUCUAAACAAUGGAGUUACUGAUAUUUCCAUGCCUAAAAUUGGGUGUGGACUGGACGGCCUGGAUUGGGAUAAAGUUUCAGCAAUACUUGGGGAAGUGUUCGAAAACACAGAUAUAAAGAUCACUGUUUAUACUCUCUGAACAAAAGAGUCUCAUUUCCCUGGCUUUCAACAGCAGCAACUUCUUAACUGAGGAGGGGGAAAACUGCAUGCUGAGCACAGCUCACUCGUGUGUUGGUGGUGGCCGUGGCUCUAAAAGAAAAUAAAAAGCUCAAAAGUCUCA